AUGCCUGGCUAUUUCCCUAAAGGGAUGGGAUGGCCGAAAAUUGCUAAGACUACGCCUGGUUUGAUUCGUGCCACGGUUUACAAGCACCUGCAUCGGUAUAUGCCUGCUAUGAAUCAGGCAAUUAUCUCGCAUUUGCAGACCCUAGACUUCAAAGAUGGGGAAUGCAACGUCGGCUGCUUUGAUUUGGCAUACUCGAUCGUAGCCCGCAGUGGCAGCUUUGCUCUUGUCGGCUCGCGGCUUUCUCAGAAUGAGGAAUACCUUAAAGCUGUCAAGGACCACAUUCUUGGGAUGAUAGUGACCACUCGUGUACAAUUCCUUGUUCCAGAGUUCCUGAAACCCUACAUUGGGGGGCUCAUCGGCCGCCUCGCCACUCUUGGGACUAGUUGGGAUAUGCACACCUCGCGUAAGAUUAUGCUCAAGCACUUCGAUGCACGUGCAGCAGAAUAUCACGCCGAGAUAUUCCGUGGCAACGAGCCCAGCGAGACCAAUCUCGAUGACUCGGACAAUCCGGUUGAAAUUUUCCAAUGGUUGUAUGAGAGCAGUGUUCUUCGGGAGCGAUGGACAUAUGCAGAGGGACUCUACGGUGCCCUUGUGGAGUUAGCUCGACGGCCCGAGUAUAUUGCACCCCUGCGGGAGGAAAUUGAUCGGAUUUUCUCUGGAAUGGGACCAACUGUUCCAGCCUGUGAUGGCAUGGUUUUGAUGGAUAGCUUCUUGAAGGAGUGCCAGCGACUACACCCCCCUUCAGCACUCUCUGCCCAUCGGGUCUGUAUUAGUGACCUCAAACUUUCCAACGGUGUCACACUCAAGCAGGGCUCUCAUGUUGCGGUUCCAAGCGGAAUCAUACAACGACGCAGUGAGCACUAUGCGAACCCCGACGCGUUCGACGGGUUCCGGUUCGUAAAGCGUGCAGCAGCUGGAGCCAAGAACUCCCGGCUAGUCGACCUGGGCCCUGACUAUAUGGUUUUUGGAAUGGGCGCACAUGCCUGCCCUGGACGAUGGAUGGCUAGCGCACUCAUGAAGCUCGCUUUAGCGCAUAUCCUGAAUCAGUAUGACAUACUCCUACCUAAUUCGGAUUCCCUGCCCUUGACUGGCUCGCUUUCAUUCGAGGAGUUUUACGUGCCCAACUUCGGGCUGAAAAUUGCUCUGCGCAAGCGCUAG